ACGAAUUGUUAUAAUUUGCUGGUAAGACGUGGCAACCAGGCACACCAGUGGACGAUAUCCACAGGCGCAGCUGCGCCAAGCGUGACACCGCCAGUGUUUAGAAGACGUAUGACAUCAAAGACUGCAAGGUUACGCUGGAGAGUUCGACGAGGCUACCAUCGCAGUAUUCAAGGCCAUCGCUGGCGUCAGUGUCAACGAACAAAGAUCACUGAAGCUCCAACUAUCAUUCUUGCCGCUCCAACGCUCUUCUCACAAAGUCAAGAUUAUGAACACGGAACUGGUCAAGAAGUUAUGGGGCAGUACAGGCAGUCGCAGGCCUCCAAUAAUGUAGUGAAAGCAAAAUCAACAAACCCACAACGACGAAAUAUAGCGCGUCAAGCCCGACACAACCGCCUACUUUGUUACGACAUCGAAGAGAUCCACGAGGCCAAGUCCAAGAAGAAGGCUUUGACCACUCAAAAUGGUGCUCUCGGGGUCCCGGUCGAUCAGCCACGGCCCCGGGGCCAUCCAGCCCUUCCAUCUACGAUAUCACUGCUAGGAGAACAUCUACGCCUGCGUUGUUGACGCUAGUGGUGGCGCUGGUCUGCCUUUGUCCACAGGCUUUUGAGGCCCUUGGCACGCCUGCGGCUGUUACUCCCCGUCUUAAGAAGAUGGGUACCGCGGGCUAUGUCACUGGCACUCUCGACGGAGGACUAAACUGUUCGCGUACAAU